GCCCAGGAGCACGCCGGCAGCAUGGAGCUGAGGGCGGCCGCGGCGCUCUGCCUCUGCUGCCUCUGGAGCGCCUGCCGCCUGCGCCACGGGCAGCUGGACGCCGCCGCCGUCAGGCCCCUGGCCGCGGCGGCCGCGGAAGACGCCUCCGCCGCCUCCGCCGCCGCCUCCCGGGAGCCGGAGCGCAGCCCGCGCCUCGGCCGGGCCGCCUUUCGCAACGCCACGGUCGUGCCCCACGACUACAUGGUGGCGCUUUACCACCGCCUGGCCGGCAGCAAGGAGCCGAUUCUGCCGCCCCCAGCAGCCGAGGAGGGCGAGGCCGGCCGAGCCGCGGAGGGGAGCCGCGCCGACACCGUCACCGGCUUCGCGGACCAGGCGCAGCCGCCAGAUGACUCUCCGCCCGAGGGCGGCCAGCGAUACGUCUUCGACAUCUCCAGCCUGCCCGAGCUGGACGAGGUGGUGGGCGCCGAGCUGCGGAUCCUGCGGAAACCGCCCGGAAACGGGAGCUUGGCUUCGUCCCCGGAAGGCCUCCUGCACCGCCUGCUGCUCUCCACGUGCGCCGGCCAAGAGGCAGGCCGAGAGCCGGAGCUCCUGGACGCCCGGGCGGGAGACCUCGUGGACUCGGCGGGCGACGGCUCCUCUGCGGCGCCCACGUGGGAGGUGUUCGACGUCGGGGCAGCGCUGGGGCGCCGGGCGGAGGCAGGCGGGCAGCGCCAGGCGCUCUGCUUCCUCCUGAGGGUCGUCUCGGAGCAGUCCGGGCGGCUCUUGCCCCCCGGGCAGCUGGGCUUCCGCCGGGAGCCGCCCUCGCCGCCCCACGAGAGGGCCCUGCUGGUGGUGUUCUCCCGCACCAAGCGGAAGGAGAACCUCUUCAAGGCGAUCCGCGAGAAGAUCAAGGCCUUGAGCGCGGCGGCGCCCCGCCUCUCGCUGGAGCCGCCCGACCCGGGCCAAGCGCCCCCGGCCCAGCAGCAGCAGCAGCGGUGGCGGCGGCGGCGGCGCAGGCGGCGGCGGACUGCGCUGGCGGGGCGGGCCGCCGGCGCCCGGAGCCCGGGCAAGAGGGCCAAGAGCCGCUGCAGCCGCAAAGCCCUGCACGUCGACUUCAAGGAGCUGGGCUGGGACGACUGGAUCAUCGCGCCCCUGGACUACGAGGCGUACCACUGCGAGGGCGUGUGCGACUUCCCGCUGCGCUCCCACCUGGAGCCCACCAACCACGCCAUCAUCCAGACGCUCAUGAACUCCAUGGACCCCGAGGCCACCCCGCCCAGCUGCUGCGUCCCCGCCAAACUCAGCCCCAUCAGCAUCCUUUACAUAGACUCCGGCAACAACGUGGUUUACAAACAGUACGAGGACAUGGUGGUGGAGACGUGCGGCUGCAGGUAG